AUGCUGUCCGCUCCUGUUAAAUCGGCCAAGCGGAUAUCCUCCCUUUUCUCUUUGGGAUCCCAUAAAGAUGCUCCCAGUCCAACCUCUCCACGCUCCCCGAGCCUUCCAAGGCCCUCUCCCGAUGAGAAACACCGUCGAACCAGCUCCCGCCCAGCGCGUCUAGUCUCCAACCCAAACCCCGAUUUCACAGAACCACGAACAAUUAUGUCCCCGGCUACCCCCAUGGAUGGCUUUGACUUGGAUUCUCCGCUUCCACCGCCCCCAUCCCUCUUGGCCGUGAAUCAGGAUCUCGCCGAUACCGCAUCGAAUUCGUCCGAUGGAAGGCCACAAAGUCGCGGUCGCAGGAUGAGCAACGGGAGACCCUCCACCUCGGGAGGCCUUUUUGUUCCGGGGGCUGCUCCGGACUCCCGCCCUGGGACCCCCUCCAAGAGACGCAGCUGGAUGCCGGGACGACAAAGGGCGAGCUCAGUAGAUACCAGAGCUUCUCCAACCACUUCCCAGUUACCGAGUGCAUGGAUUGCCGGACUCGAACAUAAGAUUUCUUACGAUAUGACCCCACUGGGGAAGGGCGAACAGAUCACCGAAUUGUGGAAUGAAGCCGGCGACACAUACGUCUACUUGUUCCCCGAAAAUACUGGCAGACCAGCUUCCUUCAAAAUUCAUUCCACGGCUUUCACCGACUCGGCCUCCCUCAAUUUCCUCGCCCGCGGAAACGAUCCCAGAACUGCCAAUCACCUAGAACAACAAACCCAAUCGCUGUCAUUAAAGCCCGAGGAGGGCGCCCCUGCAUCUCCUCCGCUCACCCCCCACAAGUGGACCGAAAAUGACAACGACAGCGCAGGCAGUAGGCGCAUGUCGUUGGAAGAGGAUGGCCUGGAUGAGCCCCAGGAGCUGCAUCUCUAUCUCCCCAUCCCCCUGAAUAGCGAUGUGUCGAACCUCACUACCCAAAUCUCACCAGAAGAUCAAGAAACCCUGUUGCUCUUUCGAAACCUGUUUGCCUUUUUACUCGGUCAAUCGUUGAUUGCAACCCCGCGGGCCCCGUCUCUCUUCUCGAUUUUCAUGGACAUCGCUUCGCUGCUCUCCCGCUUUGAGUUUACAAACUUCGACGGCUCGAACUUUGGCGAAAUUGCCACGUCCAGCUUCAGUAACUACUGCGAUGAGCUGUAUCUGGCCGACGUACGCAAGAGUCGCGAAAAGACCAUCGAGGCCAUCGUGCUGGGAGAACGCUUACGCUUCUUCCCGCUUUAUCUCGAGGGCUUUGUGCACGGCGUCGGGAAACUGGAUGAGUUGAAACAAUUGAGAAGUCCCAAAUUUGGACUCAUCAGCCCUAUCACCCAGAAACGCUUGGAGCGCGGCUUCAUUGACUUGGACAGCCGGCUCAAGGUGCUGCAUAGCAAGCUGAACGACUUUGAAUUCCCUUCCGUGUUCUCCGGCAUUGCCAAUUCCGCGACGGCCAUCGAAAGCAAGACCGUGCGCUUCAAGGCGUGGAAAGCAGCCUUCAUGGACUUCCGCCGAUUCCUCCUGCAAUAUUACCGCCAGAAGUACGGCUCGUGGCCGCCCAAGGCCCGCUCGCGCAAGAACCAAUUCGAGGAGAGUGGUCUGAACCGGCAGGUGGUGAAGGAUCUGUACCAGGACUGUUGCGACCUCUAUGACAUGCUGGUCGACCGGACGGCGCUCACCACGCGCACGGUGGACAUGGCCCCAGAGACCUCCGAGACCUCCGACCCCGUGGAGUUGAUGAAUCGCGCGAUGCGGAUCAUCCUGAGCGAGUAUGACCGCAGUACCCCACCGGUCCAGCCCCCGGUGCCGUUCGAUAUCCCCCAGUAUCCCUCGCUGAAACCCAUCACCCGCAAGCCCAUGGAUGCCAAGAAGGAAGGAAAGCAGAUGGGCAAGAAGCUCAAGGAUGCGGACAUCAACGCGGUUCUCAUGGGCUCCUACACUCGCGAGAGCAUGCGGCCCACUCCGUUCAUUGAAGCGUUUAUGCAGUUCGAGCGGCGCUCCGCUCACGGCAAGACGGUCAAUGACUUGAUUGACCUCCGCUGUGGCCAGUGGAUCCUCAUCUACUGCGUCAUCCAGGCACUCCCCUUGCUCGUGGUUGACGUUCAAACCGUCAGAUUCGUCGACGACGUCGAGUACUUCCUUUGCAUUGCCCCCCGCGGUGGUGCUCCCUGGGUCCACAAUGACGGCAAAGUGGCUCGCAGCUGGUUCGGGGUCGAAGGCGGGGGGGUCGUCAGCCUCCCCUCCGAUGUGGUCAUCAACGGCGUCGAAGGCGUUUAUCGACGUAGUCACUGCUGGCAGAUGGCAGAGCAAUGGGCCGAAGAGGACGCCAUCCUGGCGCCUCCGACCAUGGAUGAUCCGUAUGAGAACGAGUCGUCGAUUUCCUCGCCCUACCCCGCCCACCAGUCCUCCGCGGGUUCAUCCUCAGAGCCUCAGCAUCACCCACAAAUGUCCUUAUCCGGCCAAUCCCAGUCGCAGUACUACCAGCCCCAAGCGCCCGGCACCCCUCUCCUCUCUCCCGGCGGGCUCACCCCGCCUCCUGCCAUCCCUCGAUUAAGUGCUCCAAGCAUCCGAUCCCGAUCCGAACAUCGUCACUCCAUUAAUCCGGGCCUUGAGGCACUUCCUUUACCCGCCGGGGUUGCUCCGAUUGACCCUCCCGCUAGACCAGUCAGCAAGUUCAAUCCCAACAUGAGCUUUGAUGAUAUCCUGAAACAGGUUCCCAAUCAAAGGGGCAAGAAAUAG